CGGCCAGCACCCCUGGGAAAUUAUUGCUGGACAGAAGCGGCUUUCGCGAGGGAGGUACGAAGAAAUUCCCCUUCAACAAACUCACCGACCAUACCCAGUCGACCUCAAUUCGCUGCCACCGGAUCUCGUCACUUCCCGACUCCGACUUUCCGCCUUGUUUCGACGCUUCGAAACGAGCGAUCCUUGCUUUGCUCUUCGAAUAAGUCCCGUGUUGCAGCCGGUUCGCCCAACCGCCAGCCAAACAGAAAAAUGGCGUCGGUGCCUCCCGCGACAAUCUACCCCCAGAGCCAUGUCGGUUUCGACAGCAUCACGUCCCAGAUCGAGCGCAAGCUGCUCAAGCGCGGAUUCCAGUUCAACAUCAUCUGCGUUGGCCAGACUGGCUUGGGCAAGUCGACACUGAUCAACACCAUCUUCGCUUCGCACCUUAUUGAGUCCAAGGGCCGGCUCAAGCCGGACGAGACGAUUCGGUCGACUACCGAGAUCCAGUCGGUUUCGCAUAUCAUCGAGGAGAACGGCGUCCGGCUGAGGCUGAACAUUGUCGACACCCCCGGCUACGGCGACCUGAUCAACAAUGACCGGUGCUGGGACCCCAUCGUCAAGUACAUCAAGGACCAGCACUCUGCGUAUCUGAGGAAGGAACUCACCGCCCAGCGUGAACGGUACAUUCAGGACACGCGCAUCCACUGCUGCCUGUUCUUCAUCCAGCCCUCGGGCCACUCGCUCAAGCCGAUCGACAUUGUCGUGCUGAAGAAGCUGUCGGAUGUCGUCAAUGUCGUUCCCGUCAUUGCCAAGGCCGACACGCUCACCCUGGAGGAGCGCCAGGCGUUCAAGCAGCGCAUCAAGGAGGAGUUUGCAUUCCACAACCUGAAGAUGUACCCUUACGACAAUGACGAGUUUGACGAGGAAGAGCGUGCUAUCAACACCCAGAUUAAGAACCUCAUCCCCUUCGCCGUGGUCGGUUCCGAGAAGUCCAUCAUUGUCAAUGGCAAGCAGGUCCGGGGUCGCCAGAACCGGUGGGGCGUCAUCAACGUCGAGGACGAGAACCACUGCGAAUUUGUCUACCUCCGGAACUUCCUGCUCCGGACGCACCUCCAGGAUCUCAUCGAGACGACUUCUCAGAUCCACUACGAGACGUUCCGCGCCAAGCAGCUCCUGGCUCUCAAGGAGAGCAGUGCACAGGGUCACGGCAGCAGGCCGAUCAGCCCAUCUGCCGAGCGCGAGAUGAGCCGCGGCUCGCAACGGGUGGCCAUGAACGGUUACUAGGUAUCCAGGUCUCUGGAAGGCUCCUCGAGCCAAAGUGCGUGUUUUUGACGGUCGGAUCUGUCCCGAAUAAUUGAUAUCCCGGCAGAAGCAGUGCCAGAGUCGUCGACAGCUGCAGACGGCGUCUGAGGCUCGGGUCGUGGGGGAGCAACAGCGUGGCGCAAAUCGAUGCGGUUUACAGGUCAUACCCCGCUUAGCCUAUGGUGUUUUACGUCUUGUUGGCAAUCGUAUUCCGUUGGUUGGCUUCAUUACCCCUAUCUCCUUUCUAGUAUCCGAAGCUCCUUCGCAUCUCUGCUGCCACUUUCCUU